UUCGAGCGUCGAGCGUCGAAAGGUGUGGCUGACAGGGAUGUACUCAUUUACUGUCGGGUGAAAGAACCAGGCCGAAAACAGUUGUUCGAACGUGUUACUCUCACAGCAGCAGGAAAAAUGGCGAUCACCUCGCCGAAGGAUGCCAAGGAGAGCAAGAUGGAAACCGCGACAAGAAGUUGGAUAGCGAAACCAAUUUUGAGCUCCGAAUUCGUUGAUGAUCCGCCUCUCGAAGAUGUCUACGUGGGUUUAAUUGAGAAGAGAAAGGACAUCUCGAUUGCAAUUCAGAGGAUCUCUUCCAUUCUGCCAGGUUUCCAUCACCUGAAACGCUGUUUCUCCGAGAAGUUACUCUUGGCUCCGGUGAACUGUACAGAAUUAUUAACAGAAACGGAACACUCGUCCAUGGAACGAAGUUUGACUGAAGAUGAGCUUAAAAUGGUAUUAAGGGAAAGGGGAUUUGACUUAUCCUUGUUGAAAGACGACUUUCAGAUGAUAAAGGUGCCGGCGAGAGCAGCCAAAACGAAGGCACAAGCGGCGCGGCUCUCCAAUAUUUGGCCUCUGAACUUUCACCCAGACGUCAACGUUGAACGUCUAAUCGACGGAUCGGUUUUCACAGAAUACCAAUUGGGUCUGAUAGAGAGGUACAUGAACGUAGCUGUGCAAGCAGCCAGAUUAGGAGCUGUCGGCAAUGCGAACUGCAAUGGUAGCGCGGUGAUUGUUGACCCGGAGGAUGGAAGAAUCCUUGUGAUCGCUGCCUCGAAAAUCGACCAGCAUCCGAUGUGGCACGCAGCUAUGCUGGCUGUGGAUCUUGUUGCUAAACUUCAGGGCGGAGGUGCUUGGGAAUUUGAAGAAAAAUCGAAACAGAAAGAUACUGUCACGUCGGAAACAUCUAAAUCUAUUGAUCAGAGAGAAAUAGUAAAUCGUCUAACUAAAGAAACGAGUAUCAAGAGGAAAUGUACAGAGGAUGCUCCACUUUGUUAUCCAACAAGCUUGUCGAGAAUUAGUCUUCCAAAGGAAGAAUCUUUGGAGUGCAUUGUCGUUCGACGAGGACGAAGGAAUAACGGUUCAACGAAAUCCGAGAAGAUUGCAGCAACAAACGCUGAAAAAUGUGGUCCUUAUUUAUGCACAGGAUACUGGACCUUUUUGUUAAGAGAACCGUGUCCUCUUUGCGCCAUGGCACUGUUGCACUCCAGAGUUUUGAGAAUAUUUUACGGCAUUCCGAAUGAAAAUACAGGUGUGUUAGGGUCCAAGACGGUGUUGCACGCAGUGCCAGGGUUGAAUCAUCGAUAUCAAGUUUGGAGCGGCGUUUUGGAGCAAGAAUGUCGUCAAGCGUUGCAAGACAUCGAGCAUAGAAAUACGAAUUGAUUCGCACGGUUGUCACAUUUCUAACGAUUAAUUGUAAUUCUUUAACGACAAACGAUUUGUGGAACAAUGUUAAAGAUCGCAAGGAAAAUUGUCGCUUACAAGCAUUUCAUUCGUUAGAUUAAAUCAAUUAAAAAUCGUCGGAGCAAAUUCUGUACGCGUUUCAGUGCAAUUGCAGCAAGUGCGAGUACGAUUUUCGUAACCUUUGAGAAUGAUACCGACGAAAGAACUGUCCUUGGCAUUGUCGUGAAGUAAGUUAGCCGAGUCGUGAUGCUAUAACAUCAAUGUAACAACCGGUUUAUAAUUUCAAUCAAAAGCAGACGACGCAAAAGAUCUUACACGUGGUUUAGACGUGCGUUCAUCCAUUAUGAGGCAGAUAUAUGUACGACCUUGGUGUCUUAGUAUAAUUUGCAGGAACAGAAAUAUCUAUUCGUGGUUGUUGUUUCUUCGUCUACACGACGAGUUAGGCACUUGUGUCUAUUAUAUUAUACAAUUGUUAAUCUUAAUCUUGAACAAUCGUAAAAAUUCAUCUUUUCCGAUACUUUCUCAUUGUUGGGAUUAAUCCUGAUUAAACGUCACAAGAUUGAAGUAUAAAACACAAACUUUCAUUUAUAUAUAUUUUGCGAAAAUCAUUCAAAUCUUUGAAAAUGUUUCUAUAAAAAAUAUACAUAUAUAUAAAUUGAUCGUUUUUCGAUCAUUUUGCUAGUUCUAAUGUUAAACGAUGAGAAAAUGGCUUGGGCUUUCAAAGAUCGUUCAAUUGACAAGUUCAAUAUUUAAAAGUGACAAUCACUCGGGGGGGAACUCCGAGUUUAUUAUGAUUAAAGCGAUUCUUUCGAAGCGUUACGUCAGGCUUUAAAAAAAGAAAAUCCUCCGCGUCUUCGUGGAACGAUUCGAAACUUCAGACAGAAAUUAUUAUUAAGAUGAAUUACCUCUAGUUGCCACGAGUGAUCCUAGGAAGACGUCAAAAAUAAUUCCCUCGUCGACGCAAGUCUAUUAUUUCAUAUAGAGCAAACUGUUGUCCGACGAACGAAUAAUCUUCGGUUGGAAGAUCGAGAUAUGUACUUCGCGAUAGCGUGAGGCAAGGCCGCGUGAAGUAAUUCGCCGUCGGUGGUCGUUGAUCUCGUCGAAUCAGUGGAAACGUCGCUAUCGGAGUUUCCUACGAGGAGUUCCUUUCCGCAGUCGUGCGGAUCACUCGGACGUCGCGUGCAAGUGUCGUUGAUACGACGAAUACGCUGCUUGUUCUGCGGAGCUUUCCUGUACAAGACACGCACGGUUUAAUUUGUAUGGAACCGAGUAGCGCGUAUAACAAUGACCUCGCGGAUUAACUUCAAUCAGCGAAACUUCAGACGUCUAACCCCGUUGAGCUGGCCGGCUUUGCUGAACGGAUGUACGUGCAAAGAUGCGGAGAACAGCGCUGGAACACGCUUAGGAGAAAAUGAUGGUACAUGGAAUUAGGAAGCAUGACGACUUAUUUGUCAGCCGAGCUGCAGUAUGAUUGGCGAUCCAACGUGACUUGAAAGAAUUCGGCAAUUGGAAAAUUUUUAAAAAAUUGGCGAUUUUGCACACGUGUUGACAAAGAAAUCUUGACAUUUUAUACUAUGAAUUAUUGAUAGACUACUAUUUCAUCCAAUUUUAUGAGAUGAAAUAUUGAAUUAUUGAAUUACUCGAAUUGUUGGAUCAUUGUAAAACUGGAUGAGAGCGGAAUUUUCUAUAAACGCAUCGACUGUGCGUCAGAGAUCUUUAACUGGACGAAAUUCCUGUUCCUCGCUUUCAAAUGUUGCAGUUGCGUCAGGCUCGCGACCUCAAUCACAAUUAUGCAAAGUUUUAAAUUCUUUUGAAUUUUUUAGUUGCCGAAACUGCAAGAUUUCGUUGUUAAAAUCGGUUAUUAAUUUUCUGUUGUCUUUUUUUUCUUUUUUAUUAAUAAAUGGUAUAUAUUCUA